CGCCGCCGCCGCCGCCGCCGCCGCAGGACAGCCCCAGCGAGAGCCGGCCCGGCACCGUGGACGCACUCCCAGGCUGCUGUGGCCCCAGCCCCGCCUGACAGGAUGAGCAGCUCAGAUGCGGGGCUGGAGGAGGAGCCAGAGCUCAGCAUCACCCUCACACUUCGGAUGCUGAUGCAUGGAAAGGAGGUUGGCAGCAUAAUUGGGAAGAAAGGAGAGACUGUAAAGCGAAUCCGGGAGCAGAGCAGUGCCCGGAUCACCAUCUCUGAGGGCUCCUGCCCCGAGCGCAUCACCACCAUCACCGGCUCCACAGCAGCCGUCUUCCAUGCAGUCUCCAUGAUCGCUUUCAAGCUGGAUGAGGACCUUUGCGCUGCUCCUGCAAAUGGUGGAAAUGUCUCCAGGCCUCCGGUGACCUUGCGCCUUGUCAUCCCUGCGAGCCAGUGUGGCUCACUGAUUGGGAAGGCUGGCACCAAGAUCAAGGAGAUUCGAGAGACCACGGGUGCCCAGGUGCAGGUGGCAGGAGACCUGCUCCCCAACUCUACAGAGCGUGCUGUCACUGUGUCUGGGGUACCUGAUGCCAUCAUCCUGUGUGUGCGCCAGAUCUGCGCUGUUAUCCUGGAGUCUCCACCCAAAGGAGCUACUAUCCCAUAUCAUCCAAGCCUCUCCUUAGGUACUGUCCUUCUCUCUGCCAACCAGGGCUUUUCUGUCCAGGGUCAGUAUGGGGCUGUGACCCCAGCUGAGGUCACCAAGCUCCAGCAGCUCUCGGGCCACGCAGUCCCCUUUGCCUCACCCAGCAUGGUGCCAGGACUGGAUCCUGGCACGCAGACCAGCUCACAGGAGUUCUUGGUUCCCAACGACCUGAUUGGCUGCGUGAUUGGGCGCCAGGGCAGCAAGAUCAGUGAGAUCCGGCAGAUGUCAGGGGCUCAUAUCAAGAUCGGGAACCAAGCAGAGGGUGCUGGCGAGAGGCACGUGACCAUCACUGGUUCCCCUGUCUCCAUCGCCCUGGCCCAGUACCUCAUCACUGCCUGGGUGAUUUCAGCUUUGCUGACUGGAUCUGGAUGAACACACCCUCCAGUCCACUUUCUACACGGCAGCUGAAGUGGAUCCUUCUAAAAACAAAUCAGAUCAUGUCAUGACCCUGCUGUCAUCCCUCUAAGAGCUUCUCAUCAUCAGAAUAGAUUCUCAGCUCCUCUGUGCCCAGUUGGCCUUCUCCCCGUCUCUCUGACCUCACACUCCUUGACGACCACACUUCCAGCCAUAGCAACUGUCUUGCUGAUUCUCCAACAUGUCAAACUGGCUUCCACCUCAGGAUCUUCACACGUGCUAUUUCCUCCAUCAGAACACACUUCCCUCAGAUCUGUCUAGGACUUAGUCCUUCACCUAAUUGAGGACCCUGCUUGAGAGAGGCCUUCAGGGAUCAUCUUUUCUAACAUCCCCCCACCUUCCCAACACUAAUCCCUUUAUCCUGACUUAUUUUUCUUCCUGGCACUUUCCCUACUUGAUAAAUUUCAUAUCCAAGCAUGUGCUUGUUUAGAGCCUGUUGUACUUGCCUGUGAGCUGCAUGAGAGCAGGGACUUUGUGCCCCUAGAACCCACCACAGGCACACGAUCAGCAUUGUAUAGAGCUAGACGGUAGCCAGCAGGGCAUGAACCUCUGGAUUUGACUCAUUUUCUGCUGGAAUUUAAAGGGCUUGAUCCAAUUCUCCAUUAUUCACAUGAGAAAACUGGUGCUCAGAGAGGUAGGGAACGUGUCCCAGAUCACACAGGUAAGUUGCACCUGGAACCCAGGUCACCUGCUUCAUGGGCUCUGUCCACACAGGCACCACUCCCCGAGCCUGGCCACAGGUUAAACAUGGGCAUUUGCCUCUAGGAGGCAAAGCUGGGUUUUUGAAGUCUUGGUCCAGAGUAAGGAGAGUAACUAAAACUUUCUCCCUCCUCUUCUCCCUGCCCAGCUGGGCCUGCAGGGCUGGUGCAGUGCCCGAGACACCAGGACCUAAAAAGGGUUCAGAAGGGCCACGUGGGAAUAAAUGAGAAAGGUGGGCUGGGGAAGGUGUUAGGGGAGGGACGGAGACGAUGGUGGGUUGGAGAGUGUCCACUCCCUCCAAAACAGUUCCACUCAAUUAACAAUGGAGGGAGAGGGCGCCUGGGUGGCUCAGUCAGGUCAUGAUCUCACGGUUUGUGUCC